UCUGAAGAUAUAGUAGGUGAUUCAAUUUUUUAUGAUGAAUCAAGCAGUUUUCAACAAAUGAAUCUCUCCCGUCCGUUACAAAAGGCAUUGACAAGUAUGAAAUUUAUUCAUCCAACACCUAUUCAAGCUGCUACCAUACCUGUUGCAUUAAUGGGAAGAGACAUUUAUGGAUGUGCUGCUACAGGAACAGGGAAAACUGCUGCUUUUAUGUUACCUGUUUUAGAACGUCUUCUUUAUAAACCAAUGGAUAAACCAAUUACUAGGGUAUUAGUAUUACUUCCAACUCGAGAAUUGGCUGUUCAGGUUUAUCAAGUUUCUAGAAGGCUGGCUCAGUUUACAAAUGUAGAAAUAGGACUUUCAACAGGUGGAUUAGAUUUGAAGGCUCAAGAAUUAGCACUGCGAAAAAUUCCAGAUAUAGUUAUAGCUACCCCAGGACGUUUGAUUGAUCAUCUUGAAAAUACCCCAUCAUUCAAUUUAAAAACUAUUGAAAUAUUGAUUUUAGAUGAAGCUGACAGGAUGCUUGAUGAAUAUUUUGCUGAACAGAUGAAGGAAAUUAUCCAGCAGUGUUGUACUACAAGGCAAACAAUGCUUUUUUCUGCCACAAUGACUGACGAGGUAAAAGAUCUUGCUACUAUAUCAUUGAAAAAACCUGUUAAAAUUUUUAUAAAUAGCAAUACUGAAGUAGCAUUGAAUUUAAGACAAGAAUUUGUUCGUAUUCGACCAACACGUGAAGGAGAUAGAGAAGCAAUUCUUUCUGCAUUGAUUUGUCGUACAUUUCAUCAUCGCACUAUGGUUUUUGUUCAAACAAAAAAACAAGUGCAUAGACUCUAUCUUUUAUUGAGGUUAUUAGGAGUGAAAACAGUUGAAUUACAUGGUAAUAUGAAUCAAUGUCAUCGUCUAGAAUCAUUACAGCGUUUCAAAGAAGAAAUUGCUGAUGUUCUUGUUGCUACUGAUGUUGCUGCAAGAGGAUUAGAUAUAGAAGGAGUUAAAACUGUAAUUAAUUUUUCAUUACCUGGAACAUUACAGCAUUAUAUUCAUAGAGUUGGAAGAACAGCUAGAGCAGGAAAAGGUGGAAGAUCUGUAUCUCUUGUUGGAGAAGGAGAACGAAAAUUAUUAAAAGAGAUCAUUAAAAAAACUAAUAAGCCAGUGAAACAAAGAAUUGUUCCUCAAGAAAUUAUUUGUAAAUACAAAGAACAAUUAAAUAAUUUAGAAGAAGGAAUUGAAAAUCUUAUUCGUCAAGAAAAAGAGGAAAAAGCACUGAAAAAUACUGAAAGAAAAGUUCAAAAAGUUGAAAACUUAAUUAAAGAUCAGCCAGAAGAUAAUGGGACAAAGAGGAAAUGGUUUCAGACGGCUCAAGAAAGAAAAAAUGAACAGGAAUCACUGAGACUUGCUAAACGAACACGAAAAAAAUUAUCUCAAGGACAGACUAAUGCUGAAGAUCGUGUGAACAAAGAAUUAGAGAAAGCAGCUCAGUAUCAAGCAAGAAUAGCCAAAAGAAUGCGUAAAGCAAAACGAAUAAGAGCAAUUCCAGAAGAAAAGCCAUUACAUACUAAAAAAAUAAAGAAAGUUAAAUCUAUAAAAAAGAAAUCUUCAUUUGAAGAUGAAUUAGCAAAUACAAGUAGAAAAUCUGUAAAGAAAUUUAGAUAUGAAGCAACAUCAUUUGAAAAAAUGCAAAAUAAAACAAGAAAGAAAAAAUUACCAAAUAAAAAAUUUAAGUCGAAAAGCAGGUAUCAUAGAAAGAGAUGAAGUAAUUACAGAUCAUGAAGAAUUCAUUAUUUCAAUAGUUUUGUAAUUAAAUUGGUAAUUAUGAAAUAUAUUUAAAUUAAUGAAUUUCAUAAAUUAAAAGAUACACAUUUGAAGAAAGUGUUAAAUUAAUGAGAUUGAAAAAA